GAGAUGCUUAUUCAAUGAAAAUUCAUGGCUUCAGUCUCUUGUGAAACAGUAGCGACACGUUUAGCCGCUGUUUUACGUGCCGUCAAUUUGGCAGCUACAGAAAAGAGCAGAGCUCUACCGCGUGUUGUGGCCGUUUGCAAGACGAAGCCGGUUGAGGACAUACUAGAAGCUUACAGAGCUGGGCAAAGACAUUUUGGCGAGAACUACGUGCGAGAAUUAAUACUGAAAUCAGAGGACAAGAGGAUAGUGGAUGAGGCUCCUGAAAUAAAGUGGCAUUUUAUUGGCCACUUGCAAAGCAAUAAAUGUAAUGCAGUAGCAGGAAUUCCCAACUUGUGGAUGGUAGAAACAGUGGAUAGUCAGAAGUUGGCAGACACAUUGAAUAGUUCUUGUAUGAAACAACAACGACAAGAGAGACUCCGGGUUUUAGUUCAAGUCAAUACGAGUUGUGAAGAACGUAAGAGUGGCUGUAAUCCUGAUGAUUGUGUCGAUCUUGCAAGGCACAUUAUUGAGCAAUGCGACAAGUUACGUUUUUGUGGCUUAAUGACUAUUGGACAGAUUAACUACGACUACAGCCAGGGACCUAAUCCAGACUUUCAGAGCCUCAUUCAAUGUCAUCAUACUGUGAGUGAGAAACUGGGUAUCCCUGUUGAAGACCUCGAAGUCAGUAUGGGAAUGUCUGCCGACUAUGACCAUGCAAUCGAUGCGGGAAGCACAAAUGUUCGUAUUGGCAGCACCAUAUUUGGAGCUCGAUGAUAGCGAUUGCUCAAGGCCUGCUGCUAAUUAUUGCUAGUCUGAAGCUCUGUAGUAUACUAGUAACACUUGAUGCGGUAGUGUGUUUGUUAAUUAAUUAAAAUAAUGUUGCCAGCGUGUGUCAUUAUAGGCAGUUGACAAUAAAUGUG